AUGAGCAGCAGCAGCAGCGUCAAGGUCGUUGUCGGCGGCGGAGGGAGAAAAGGCAAUAAUGGAAUAAACGAUAUUCCGUCAGGGUCUAGAAAAAUAGUACAGAGCUUGAAGGAAGUGGUGAACUCUCCCGAGGCUGAGAUCUAUGCUAUGCUUAAAGAGUGCAAUAUGGAUCCUAACGAAGCCGUUCAUCGCCUCCUCUCUCAAGAUCCUUUUCACGAAGUGAAGAGCAAAAAAGAGAAAAAGAAAGAGACGAGGGAUAUACCAGAUUCCCGGCUACGUGGUGGUAAUAACACAUACAACCGCGGUGGUAGAGGUGGUUCUGAUCGCUAUGCUGGACGAAGUUCAUCUACCCAUCUCAGCUCUACUGAUUCUGGAAACUACCAGGGAAAAUCUACAAACAAGAAAGAAAGUGGAACUCAGGGUUACACAAGUUCUUUGUCUUCUGCUUCUGGAGUGCCAAACCACCAGCAGACACCACCACACAGUGAUUCUGUUGUAACGGAAAAUAAAUUGCGACCUACUGCCGGCGAUGGAACAUCACUAUCACAGCCUGCGUCUGGACAUCAAACUGCAUGGUUUGGACCUCGAGGCCAGAUGUCUAUGGCUGACAUUGUGAAGAUGGGUAGACCACAGAACAAGGCAACAAACUCAAAACAAAAUGUCAGUAUGCGUUCUGAGAGUAAUCACGAGCAUGAAGUUAAUGCAAAUCACCAGGUCCCUGUUAGAGAAGAGUGGCCGUCGAUUCAGAAGCCUCUAGCUCCUGGUACAUCUUCUGUAUCAGCAGCACCAGCAGAGUCAGAGGUAUGCGACGGAUCCGCCAGAGUAGAUCAACAUCUGAGCGACCGGCUAGAAAAUGUGCAUUUAGCAGAAAAUGGCCCUUCUGAGAAUCUUGGAGUCGAUCAAGUGCAACCUGACUCGGUUUCUGGUAAAAAUGUCCAAGAAGAUGACUCUGGAGUUUCGUCUGAAUUUAACGAGAAUCAGUACGCAUAUCAGACGCAGAGCCAUCCUGUAGAGCACCACCAAGAUGAAGAUGAGGUUUCAUCUGGUUCGGCCGACUUUCAACAACUAACCGUAGAUAGUAAUGAUCAAGGAGCCUCAAAUGAAGAGGAUAGACGUGCUGUCGUUAUUCCAAAUCAUUUGCUAAUCCAUACAAAAGAAUGCUCACAAUUAAGUUUUGGAAGUUUUGGAUCAAAACCUUUGAGCAACAACGCAGAAGAGACCCCUGAUGUAGCUCAACAAAUCCAACAUUCAGAUCCGAGAAAUACUGAGUUCUAUGGAGAUGAGCAUCUUGAAAGCACGGCCAAUGGAGAUAUGGGCCACGCACCUGCUACUGAAAGUUAUGAUGAUUCUUUAGAAUCUAGGCGAGAGGUCUUGAAUCAAGAGAACCCCGAGACUGUUCAGGAGCACCAGUACGCAUAUGCUCAGUCUGAGCCAGAGUACGCUAAGCAGCAGCUGAAUACCACAUACGAUGCGUCACAGACUCAUGCACAGAAUCAGAUGCAAAACCCGGAGACUCAGGGAUAUGCACACUCAGUUCCCAACAGUUUAUUGGCUCAAACUGCACAAAAUGCGAGGGAUCUUGACUUCCAGUAUUCUCCUUUUGCACAGUCUAUGCAGUCAAGAGGUAGCAACAAUGCUUCAUCACUUGGUGGCCAAAGCAUUUCCAUGCCAGAGGCGCUCCGAGGCAGUGGAAAUCCGGCGACACAGUCAACGCAGCAAAACUUACCUGGUGCUAAUGUGGCAACUGGACCAACUCUUCCUCAACAGCUUCCAAUGCAUCCUUACUCUCAACCCACAAUGCCGCUAGCACACUUUGCAAACAUGAUCAGUUACCCUAUGAUGCCUCAGAACUAUCCAUACAUGCCAUCCGCUUUCCAGCAAGCGUUUGCGGGUAACAGCUCAUACCACCAGCAACAACUAGCUGCAUUACUUCCGCAGUACAAAACCAAUCUCUCUCCCAGUAAUCUGCCUCAGUCUGCAACAGCUCCUGCUUCCGCUUAUGGAUUUGGAAACUCCACCAAUGUUGGAUCCGCUGGAAACUUCCCUCUUAACCAACAGUCUGCUCCUACUGGUUAUGAAGAUGUUUUGAGUUCUCAAUACAAAGAAAACACUCAUCUGUUGGCACUCCAGCAGCAACAACAGCAGCACCAGCAGCAGCAGAAUGAUAACUCGGCGAUGUGGCAUCACGGUCAUGGUUCUCGAACCAUGUCAGGUGUUCCGGCUAACGCGUAUUAUAACCUCCAAGCACAGCAAAUACAACAGAGUCAGCAAGCAGCGGCAGGAGGGUAUCGUCAAGCUCAGCAACAACAGCAGUAUGGAUCUCAUGGCUACCCUAAUUUCUAUCAGUCACAAACAGAAAUGCCGCACGAGCGCCAGCAGCAAAACCCUAGAGAGGGUGCAGGAGGUCAGCCCUCGAAUCAAACCCAGCAGCAGCUCUGGCAAAACACUUACUAAAAUAAAAGAAAGAGUUGUGUGUUUUUCUUCAGCUUCUUCUUUAAGUUAUAGAGGAGGUGUGUGUGGUGAGGCUGAAGAGGAAAUGGAUAUGUUCUGAAUGUAUUUAAUUAUAAAUCAUCAUCCUUUUUGUCUCCUCCCCUUUGUUAACUUAGGGAAACAUUCCAGUUCUGAUUUCAUCAGUGCAGAACUUUUUCCUUAAUCUGCCUCUCAUUGUGUUUAAACGUUUUGUUAAAGAAUCUUCUAGCUUUGGGUUUAACAUGAUUUUGAAGCUAGACUACAUCUUGCUCU